AUGGACUCGGGAUGGAGGGCACCGUCAGUGGCAGCCUGGCAGAGGUUGGAGCAUGGCCGCUGGGUGGAGUGGGGCAUCCCCGCAUCCUCGGCCGAGGGCUUCGCUGCCGACGAGAUGGCGAUCAGCGGCAUUUGGGUCGACCUGGUGGAGGGCGGGUGCUCACAGAGCUGGCGCGCUGCCAGCCAUCAUGAGGACGCUGAUGAUUUGGUCGGGGGUGGUGACCUCUAUCUACUGGGCAAGGACGAGGCAUCUGGGGGUCCCCCAAGCGCGGCGACUUCGACGAGGCGGGCCAGACGCUGCGCGUGGUCAUUGGCGCGCAGGGGCCGUGUGUGA